ACUACCGGAUGACCGUCAUGUCCAAAGAGAUGUUAGCACAAGUUUAGUAGACAAUCGUGAAGAACGUCGAAUUGACAAUCGCAGAACUUAUCGUGAUGUUGACAGACGUUCAGAUGUUAAUAUUGAUUCUCAAAGAGAACGUGUAGAACGACUUGAACACCGUGAAGUACGACGUGAUGUUAACCGCCGCUCAGAUGAUAUUCGCCAGUCUCGACGUGUAGAUAUUCAGAAACCUUCACAAAGAGAACGGGAAUCAGUACAACGUCGUGAUGUAAAUAAAAAGGAAAGAGAAACUUUGAUGCGACUUGAUGACCGUGAAGAUGAACGUAGUACCACCACCAGACGUUUAGAAGUCUCCCGUGAAUCUCGACGUAAUAGUGAGGUACGUGAACAUAGGGAACAAAGUGAUAUUAGCAGACAUAUUGAUAAUACCCGUGAUUAUCGAGAAGAACGGGAAGUAAGACAGAAUGAACAUGAAUCUUUGAGGCGUGAAUCACUACGACAAGAAAACAGACGUUCAGUAGAUAAUCGCGAGGAACGUCAAGAAGAUUUAAAACAAUUAGAUGAACGUGUUGAUAUUAGGCAUUCUGAUAAUACUCCUGACUUUGAACGUUUAAUUGAAACUAGACGUGAACGACAAGAACGUGGAGAAACUUUAAAACGUCUUGAUGAUCGUCAAGCUUAUCGUGACAUCGGUAGGAGCUCGGAAGAUAUCCGCGAAGACCGUCGAGAAUCUUUAAGACAAUUGGAUGAACGUAUAUACGACAGAAGACUAGAUGGCCGUCAAUCCAAGAGUGGAACCAGUAGACGCUUGGAAGAAAACCGCGAAGAUCAACGUGAUAUCAACAGAAUUUCGAAAGACAAUCGUGAAGAUCGCCAAACCGAAAGAGCUGUAAGCAUGCGUUUAAAUGUUAUUCGUAAAUCUGAACGUGUCUCUCAAAGCGAAAAAGAACAAUUAGAAACCCGCGAAACCUUAAACCGUUUCGAUGAUCGUCAAACCGAGCGUGAUGUUACAAGACGUUCAGAACACAUCAGUAAAGAUCAUCAAUUUAGACGAGAAGCUCAACGUGAAGUUAUUAGGCAUUCAGAUGAUGAUGCCCGUGAUCGUCGAGAACGAUUUGAACGUUAUGAAACUUUGAGACGAUUUGAUGACGGUGAAGCUGAACGAAAAGUAAAUCUACGUUUACAGGAACGACUUUCCCAAAGAGUACGAGAAGCUGAACGUCAAAACGAAGAGCAAGAACAUAGAAGAGAACGUGUGGAACGGCAGGAGCAAAAAUCUCGUGUUUUCCAAAUGGAAUUUGAAAAUAGACGAAACGAUGUUGUAGAACCUAAUACCGAGCAUGACUAUGCUGUGAAAUCAACUGUUUUCCUCAAAAAUAGCUACUUGUUCUUGGGUCAAGGUGUGAUCUUGGCAUUUGUAAUUAUGAAAACUCUUAAUGACAAAGAUAAUUUAAAAAGCCAAUUACCCCAAAAACUACGUACGGCUGUUGAUAUGAUAGGUUUUUAA